CGGGCGGCCGACUACUUCUGGGAGAGGCGCGGAACGGAUUUUGUGGCGAACACGUUGUUGCGGUCAGACGCGGGUUGACUACAGCAGGUACAGAUCAGCAAGAUUUCACCGCAACCAGUCCUCACCAUGGCUCGGCUAGACUACAACACAUGGAUCGCACUGAGCGCCCUUCUACUGAUCAAAGGGUCAUCAGCUGAAUCCUCUGCAGGUAUCACACUUCCAAAGUCCAUCAGUACGCGGCUAGGAGAACCCGCCACCCUGUCAGCCACCUUCACAACGAACCGCCAGAUCAUCUCCAUCCUCUGGUACAAAGUCGACAAGAAGGAGGAGAUCCAGAAGCGCGAGCUGGUGUACUCCUACUACCCUCCCCUGGGCCGGCGGGAGGCGCACGGGCAGUACUCGGGGAGGACCCAGCUCGUGGGAAAGGCUUCGCUAAAGAUCAAUCCCACACGUCUGGAAGAUGAAGGGGUGUACGUGCUGUCUGUGAUGGCAGAGGGACUCGGUAACGAGGAGGGAUUCGUGCAGCUAUCCAUCUUGGUUCCCCCCACCGUCCAGGUCGGCCCGUCCGACCCUUACGUCACUUCCCUGGGACGGACGGCGUCUCUGACAUGCGCAGUGGGAGGAGCCAAGCCGAACAUCACCGCCCUCCACUGGGAGAAAGACGGCGAGAUCUUACAGACCGCACGGCUGGGCAACAAGUACAUGGGCGGGACCAUCCAGACGCCAUCUUUGUUGAUACGUCACAUGAGGAGGGCGGACGCCGGCAUGUACACAUGCGUGGCUGAUCACGUGGUCAGGGGUUCCAGAGCGAGUCUGACCUUGAAUGUACAGUACCCCGCCUCCAUCAUCAGUGUCUCCGAGUCCCUGACGGCCACGGUGUCAGACAGCGUCACUCUGCAGUGUGUGGCAGACGGCAACCCUCCUCCUAACAUCACGUGGUCGAAGAACGGGAUGCGCCUGCGCAGCCUGAAGACCCCGCUCUCAUUGGACGUCAUGGCGAGCACGCUGCUCCUGAAAAAAAUCCAAGUGAACGAUACGGGGAUGUAUCUGUGUGUGGCGGGAAACGGCAUCGGAGAGACGGACACAAAGUCCAUAUCACUGACAGUAAAGCAGUACAGAAUUGAUCAGGAGAUAGACUCGUCCAGGAUCGCUAUCAUCGUGGGCGGGACGGCUGGGGGCCUGUGGCUGGUGGUGUGCAUCGGGCUGGGUACGUACCUCCUCCGCCGCCGCCGGAAACAGAAGGAGAAGAAACAGUUCGCGUUCUAUUACAACAUGGCGUCCCAUAGGAAACCGGGGGUUGGGAACGAGAGCAGGAACGAGGAGGACAAGGAACCACCACCGUACAGCGCCAUGCCUGCUAAGCUACAGAACAAGGCGCCUAACAGGUUCGGUGGCAUCAACACCAUACGGAAGUCCAUAGGAAAGAAAGACAGACGUUACGCAUGCGCUCUGUACUCUUACCGGCCCCGCGAGGAGAACGAGCUGACCAUGGAGGUAGAUGACGUCAUCGAGGUGCUGGAGGGGGAAGAUGGCGGCUGGUGCCUGGGUUACCUGAGGGGCAGGAUAGGCCUGUUCCCCUCCAACUACGUCAAGUUCCUGUCUUCAAGCGAGGUUCUGGCGAUGAAGACUGGCCGCCAUGUUGAUGUCGCAGAGGCUUCUGGGACAAAGAGAAGUAUCUAACGGGACCACAGAUGAACAUGGAAAAGAAUCAUGAAAACUAUAGACUAGUCUUAGAAAAAAGCAUCUACUUGAUAAAAUGUUUCGAAGGUUUGAUGGCAAUAAGUCUAAAAAGGAUCACUUGUAUCAUAAAAUGUUGAGAAAUAACAGUACUCAUCAAUCUUUGUACCUGUUUAAUUGUUGAAAUGUACUAUCGAACAGAUAUUUAUAUUAGUAUUUAUGUUUAUUGUACAUGUAGUUUCGUUUCAAACGUAAAGUAUGAUAACGAUAAACAAGCAUCGGAGAUAGAUACCUUAGACAACUGAGACGCUGAAGGAGAAAACUGGUUAUUGUUCAAUACAAAUAUAUACAUAGUAUGUCACAAAAAAAGACAAUUUUUCCAUGCUUUCAGCAUCCGUACCCUACCCAAGCAGGCUCUGCCAAUGUAACUUUUCUACAAAUGUUUAGAGGCGCUCCUGCCGACAUUUGAAUGUAUUACAUUAUUUUGUCGUUCGCUGUUUGCUAUGAAACGUUUCUGUAUUUUGGUAGAAUACUUGUCUAUUCUC